CGCGAGGGAGCUAUUGUUAACGAUUAGUUCGUUGUGCAGAGUCACAUCCUGUGUCGCUAGUCAUAUCUUCCUUCGUCGCUAGUGAACUGCUAGUACUGUACUGUACAAAUAGCGACCCACGAAACGUCGCUUUUCUUGCUUUGUGGCCCCUGCGGACCCUCAGCACCUGUCGCUCACCUCUGUGCACCCGAGGACCUGCCAAAUGUAGAGGGAGUUCAGUUGACAUCUGCAGCUGCCGUCUACACAACUCUCGUGCUGCCUGCUGAAGUUGCCCACCAUGCGCGAGUACAAGCUAGUGGUGCUGGGUUCAGGAGGCGUGGGAAAAUCUGCACUGACAGUCCAGUUUGUGCAAGGAAUUUUUGUGGAAAAGUACGACCCUACAAUAGAAGACUCAUACAGAAAGCAAGUGGAAGUGGACGGGCAGCAAUGCAUGCUGGAGAUCUUGGAUACAGCUGGAACAGAGCAGUUCACGGCCAUGCGGGACCUUUACAUGAAGAACGGCCAGGGUUUCGCUCUGGUCUACUCCAUCACAGCGCAGUCGACCUUCAAUGACUUGCAGGACCUACGGGAGCAAAUCCUGCGAGUGAAGGACACUGAGGAUGUCCCCAUGAUUCUGGUGGGGAAUAAGUGUGACCUGGAGGACGAGCGCGUGGUGGGCAAGGAGCAGGGUCAGAACUUGGCCCGUCAGUGGAGCAACUGUGCCUUUUUAGAGACGUCGGCCAAAUCGAAGAUUAACGUUAAUGAAAUUUUCUAUGAUCUGGUGCGACAAAUCAACAGAAAAACACCGAUGGAAAAGAAGCCAAAAAAGAAGAAGGGCUGCACACUGCUCUAGAAGCCCUCUUGCUAAUGUACACCCACAAAAACAUGGGCUCCAGGCCAGAAGCGUCUCUUAGUGGACCAUGCCAACAUUCCAUGACCUCUCUGAAAGAUGGCAGGCAUCGCCACAUGUUUGAAAAUCCUGUUCUUAAUUUAAAAAUGGAAAAAAUAGAGUAUGUCAGUCUUAUUUUAGUUGUUUGACAGGUUGCUCAUGUUUUUCAUAUGUGGAUAAAAAGAGAACCAUGUUUGGGAUUUUAAGUGUACUGUUAAGUCCUCCUAGAGAUGAACGUUGGCCUUCUUGCAUUUCUACACUAACAGUGACGACGACAACAAUGCAUUAUUGCUCAUGACUUGCUCUCCUACUAUGAUAACAUAUUUCCUAAGUGACUUGGUUUUAUAUUGAGCUGUGAGCCUUCCAUGUUCCACCUAAUAUAUUCAACUUCUGUUCCUGCAUAAUAAAGCUGAGGAUAUUAAUGUUUUAUAGACUGAUUGGAGGGUGGGGCUGUGUUUUUAAAAUAAACCGAUAUUCUACUAAACCACCUCAAAUGUGGCUUCUUGUGAUGUCAGAUAUUUUUUUCAGCUUCUAUGAAAUGAUUAAACUUCAGUACAUUUUAA